AUGCACUUCUUCUCCACCAUCAACGCCGUCUUGGCUGCGACAGUCGUCGGCGCCUCCGCGACAUCAGCCCCGGCGCCCAUUACCGAGACGGUCAAUGUCAACAAUUUUUCCGCCAAGAUUACCAUCGAUGGACAGCAAAACGGCAAGAUGGCCAUCCAUUUCAACGUUGACGCCAAGGACGCCGAGGGUGUCGAGUGCUCGGCAAAGGAUCUGGAGCCGAAUCUGAUUUCGGGGGAGCUGAACUGCAACCACCCCGAGUUCAGCUUCGUCGUCGUCAACUCUGUAGAUGAGAUUUACUUCACCUUGCGCCUCCUGCGCAAAAAGCUCCGCACUGCUACUCUUUGGGGUCAGGAUAUGGUUCCGACCUCCCGGUGUGAGCCAGAUGCCGCCGGCGGCGGCUUGCUCUGCGAGCAGAAUGGCGAAAUGAGGAUGAUCAUCGACAAUGCCCAAUCUCCCCCGUAG